CUGAUUUCCCAAUGCCAACUCAUCUCAACAUGGCCUCCUAAUUCCAUCUCCAUCACAUCACAUGACACUCCAUAUAAUCUUUGUCCCCUCCGCUUUCUCUUUUACCUCUCACUUUUAAAACCCUUCAAAACUCUCUCUCUCUGGUUUUCACAUCGAAACGAGGUCGUUUUUGAGUUCUGCGAUAAAAGCAAUUUCAGCAAAUGGAUUUGGCGUCGAAUCUCGGUGGAAAGAUUCAAAAGGAUGAAGUUCUCGACGCCGUCGAUAAGUAUGAGAAGUAUCAUGUACACUAUGGAGGUCAAGAGGAAGAAAGGAAAGCUAAUUAUACUGAUAUGGUUAAUAAAUACUAUGAUCUUGUGACCAGCUUUUAUGAGUUUGGCUGGGGAGAAUCUUUCCAUUUUGCCCAAAGAUGGGUUGGAGAAUCUCUUAGAGAGAGCAUCAAGCGACAUGAACACUUCCUUGCUUUACAACUUGGUCUUAAGCCCGGACAGAAGGUUUUGGAUGUUGGGUGUGGUAUUGGGGGACCGUUACGAGAAAUUUCUCGAUUCAGCUCGACAUCUGUUACAGGGUUGAAUAACAACGAAUACCAGAUCACCAGGGGAAAGGCACUCAAUCGCAAAACUGGAGUGGACAAGAGUUGCAACUUCGUCAAGGCCGACUUCAUGAAGAUGCCAUUCGAAGACAACAGUUUCGAUGCAGUGUAUGCUAUAGAAGCCACCUGCCAUGCACCAGAUGCUUAUGGAUGCUACAAAGAGAUUUAUAGAGUGUUAAAGCCUGGCCAAUGUUUUGCUGCAUAUGAAUGGUGCAUGACUGAUUCUUUUGAUCCCAAUAACCAAGAACACCAAAAAAUCAAGGCAGAAAUUGAGAUUGGUGAUGGGCUUCCCGACAUUAGAUUGACCACAAAGUGUCUUGAAGCUCUUACGCAAGCUGGUUUUGAGGUCAUAUGGGAGAAAGAUCUAGCAGUGGACUCUCCUGUUCCUUGGUACACACCUCUAGACGCGAGUUACUUCUCAUUUAGCAGCUUCCGUCUUACAACUCUUGGACGACUUUUCACCAAAAAUAUGGUCAAGGCUCUGGAGUUUGUUAAACUUGCUCCAAAGGGGAGUCAAAGGGUUCAGGAUUUCCUAGAGAAGGCUGCAGACGGCCUAGUCGAAGGUGGAAAGAGAGAGAUUUUCACACCAAUGUACUUCUUUUUGGCGCGGAAGCCUCAUUCAGACAGCAACUAAAUGGGUGGAUCAAAUGGGUUCUGUUGUUAUGAGUUAUUGUGAUUUUAGGAGAAGAAAUCUUAAUUGUCUUUCGCCUUUCCAUCACGAGUCUUGUUGUUUUGAGUUGCUUGAUUGUUUAGGUUACCAAAACUCACUUCACUUUGUUUCUUGUUUGCUUAAGCAGUGUGCCUCAUGCAUUAGUGGAUAGUGUAGUACUUCAUUUUUUAAACUAGAAAAAGGCAUGGCCAAGUUAUCCAAAAGUAGAAUGAAGUUAAAUUUUUAUUCGAAUUUUAUAAAA